AGCUUGAUUUAUGUUAUUCAACACAUAAUACUCUUAAUAUUAAAACCUCUUUAAAGUUAACUUCAACUUAGAAAAUAUACAUUAAAAUAUGAAACUGAGAGCUGAGUGAAGGCUUUGUUUGUCCACUCAACAGGGAACAGUUUCUAAAGUCUUCGAGGGCCGGGUCAACAUCACAAUGUUUCACAGUAAUAGAGAGCUGUACUGCGCUCUAUACCAUGUUGCUGGGUCAGGGGUUUCAACAAAGGGGGCCCUCUUGCUCUGUAGGGUUCAGUCAGGUAUAAAAGCAAGGGUUAAACCCAACAGGACAGCAGUGCAGCAACAGCAACAGCAGCAGCUCACCUACAAGUAUGACCACCACUGACAUGAGCAUGGGCAAGAUCAUCUUCUACGAGGACAGGAACUUCCAGGGUCGCUCCUAUGAGUGCAUGAGCGACUGCGCCGACAUGUCCUCCUACCUGAACAGGUGCCAGUCCUGCAGGGUGGAGAGCGGCUGCUUCAUGGUGUACGACCGCACCAACUUCAUGGGAAACCAGGCUUUCAUGAGGAGGGGCGAGUACGCCGACUACAUGAGCAUGAUGGGAAUGAGCAGUGGGAUCAGGUCUUGCCGUAUGAUCCCCAUGCACAGGGGUCAGUUCAGGAUGAAGAUCUACGAGAGGGAGAACUUCAGCGGUCAGAUGAACGAGCUGAUGGACGACUGCGACAACAUCAUGGAGCGUCUCCGCAUGUCUGAGUGCCAGUCCUGCAACGUGAUGGACGGCCACUGGCUGAUGUACGAGCAGCCCCACUUCAGGGGAAAGAUGAUGUACCUGAGGCCCGGCGAGUACAGGAACCUCAGAGACAUGGGCAUGAACCUCUCCAGGGUCAUGAGCAUGAGGCGCAUCAUGGACAUGUGUUAGACGUUUCCAUUUUAAAUUAAAAAUGAAACUAAACUGAA